AUGGCAGGUCACAUGUGGAUAAGGUGUCUGCGAAUUCUGUUGCCAAUCUUGUUGAUCUCCCAUUCAAAUGCCGCCAAUCUGUCGCAACUGGUGAAGAAGCAGACGCAAGCGAAGCAACCACUGACAUCGCAAUCAUCACAGCAGCAGCAGGUGAAUAAUCAGCAGUAUGCUCAGGAGUUGGAGUUGCCGGCAGAGCAGCAGGAGUUAAAGAGCGAAGAGGACGAUGAUUCCUAUCAAAUGUUGCACGAAUUGAAGCAGGACUCACGGUUGCCAGCCAACUAUGCCUGGAAUCCAUAUACAGCCGCCAUUCCGCCAAUUAAUCCCUAUGACAAUCUACCUGGAAGUGGAGCUGGAAUGUCAAUGCCAAUGCCCAAAAUGCUGCCAUUCAUUGGCUACGCACAGCCAGUACUUAUUCCCUUUCCCCUGUACAUAGCACCCGAUAUGUUUUAUCCUUCGUAUCCGGGUACAAACAAUGAUCUGGAGGAUGUGGUCAUGUCACGUGCAGCAGGAGAUCGUCGUCCCCUUUCCCCACACUCGUCCCGCAACUCACCUAUAUACUAUGUUCGCCUGCCUCCUACUCCUUAUAUGUUUGUGCCCACUAACCUGGCUCCUGCUCCAUUUGGCAGCAGUUUCUCGCCACUGCUCACUUAUCAACCGAUGCCUACAUUCUCCACUUUUGGCUCUGUAUUCAACUUACCCGUCAACUUUUUGGCUAAUGGCAAACCUUCGGGCAUUUAUCAAAUGAAUGAGAUGAACUCGUUUCCAUCGGGUCUAGGCAGCAAUAGCUUUAAUCUGCGUCCGCCCACUCCCAGCAAUCCCUACAGACCCAUGUCGCCUUCAUCUCAACCUUCACUUCCGCCUUCGACUCCUUCCGGUGGCUAUGGACAUCAUUUUGGACUUUCUACGUUGCCCGCUCCGCAACAGGACUCCAAGUUGACCUCACUCAAGCGUCCCUUUGUGUUCAACGGUCGUCCCGAGGAUAUCUAUAUAAUGCCCAAUAAUCUCUACAAUUAUAAUGAGCCGGGUUACUACUGAUGACACCUGUAAAACACUCACUACAAGUAUU